GUUCACCAGAAAGAAGUGUGUGUACGUUUCGAAAACGAAACCGUUUUGGCGGAGACUAUUCUCUGUGAGGCUGUAUCAACACGAAGUGUUGUCUCCCUCUGUGUCACUCAGCCAUGGCACUGCAAAUAUCUGCUCUAUUUUCAUAUAUCAGAGCCCCACUGUUCACAGGCCCUCUGUCCCGUGUACGCGCAGAUUUCAAGGGAGCCGGUGUCAAGUUCAAACACAUUUUAAAUACAGGGAGACCCCAGUUUGGAGGGAAGCCAGCAACAAGUCCUCUCCGCGGCCAUAUUAACGUUGCCCUGCGAACUGAGAAGUUUUCAACAACACCGACGGCGGCACUUUGGAAGUCCAGCCAGGGGAACGGUUCCUCUUCACCUCGGGGAAGGAGAGGCUGGCUGGGCAAGGUCGCCCUCGGUGCCGCCCUCGGAGUGAGCACAGUCGUGGUGGUCCAGUCUCUCCACACCGGAACCCUUACCGCCAUGGCCCUCAAAAUUAACCUGAACUCCGCUGAGGGAGACUGGAAGGAGACCAAGGACUUCUUGCUGUCUCAGACUGUGAACGACAGGCGUCAGUACUACAGGACUUCUAGCUAUGAGAAGCUUGACGACAUCCCAGUGUGGACUCCCGCUGCAGGUGCUUCUGAGCAACCUCUCCACCCGAGGAAUGAAAAGUUGGACCACAAGAUUUCCCUCUACAGCGGUGACAUCACCGAGCUGGAGAUAGAUGCUAUUGUCAAUGCAGCCAACAAGACUCUGCUCGGCGGAGGUGGAGUGGACGGAGCGAUCCACCGCGCUGCAGGUCCAAUGCUAAAAAAGGAGUGUGCUUCCCUCCACGGCUGCGAGACCGGAGAGGCUAAGAUCACUUGUGGCUACGGCCUCCCAUCAAAGUAUGUUAUCCACACAGUGGGGCCAAUUGCACAAGGAGGAGUGGGAGAGGAGGAGAAGAGGGCCUUGAGGUCGUGCUACAAGAACAGCCUGGAAACAGCCACCAAAAACGCUGCACGCUCUGUGGCUUUCCCUUGUAUCUCCACUGGAAUCUACGGAUAUCCACCUGAGCAGGCUGUGCACGAGGCGUUAGCAACUGUGAGGGAGUAUCUGGAUCACCAUCAUGACAAGCUGGACAGAGUCAUCUUCUGUGUGUUCUUGCCGACGGAUAAGGAGCUGUAUCUGCAGAACCUCCCGCUCUACUUCCCUGCCGUCUGACCAAUGACAGCAGCUUAUUGUUCAGAGGCCACUGUCAUGAGUAAACUCUGAGAGAGUGGAUUUGUCAGAUUUGGUUGCUGUGGAUACACACUGCUACGCUCAACAUCCAGAUUCUUCCUCCUCCUCGCUGUCAUCACAGAUCAAGACCUUCCUGAGCAGGAAGAUAUCUCCUAAAUGGAUGAAUGCUUUUUUGAAGUGCACACUGGCUCUUCUGCAGAUGUUGAUUAGUUUCUCUGUUUCCCUGCUAAUUAUUGAGGUUAAUAGAGUUGUCAUGACGAAGGUUUUAAAUGAUAUUCUGAAUGAAUUCUUGUGAAAAAUGGAUUGUGUGUACCUUAAGCUGCACUCAAACUUGACCUUUAUUGUCUGUGACCAGUGGUAGCUUUGCAUCAAGCUUACAACCCCCUAUGUGUCCUGUGCUAUUUGAAUAUUGAGAUUCCAGUGUGUGCAUGUGUGUGAGACAAUGACAAAAGCUUAUUAAAACGAAUCACACAGGC